AUGAGGGCGCUCAUGGACAGAGCGAGCGAUCCGUCCUUCUCGCUGCCCAGCGACGGCUGCCCCGUCCGGGCCCCCCUGUCCAGGGCGGUGGCGACGAGCGACUUCCCGCCGUCCACGAACUACGGCAACAUGCUGCUGACCCUCUUCGCGGGCCACGACACAACGGGCCACACCAUGACAUGGCUGAUCUUCGAGCUGGCGAGGCACCCAGCGCACCAGGCCGAGCUCCGUCGCGAGGUCGACGGCUUCUUCUGCGGCCUGGCCGGCCGCGAGCCAGAGUACCGGGACCUGGCCCACCUGCCGUUUUUGGACCGCUGCAUCACCGAGGUGCUCCGCCUGUGGCCGGCGGUCGCCAGCGGCACCUACAGGCAGCUCCAGUUCGACGACGCCGUCACCGGGCCGGACGGUCGGCCGGUGGCGCUCCCACGCGGGACGCUGGUGCAGAUCGUGAACUGGUCUCGCCACCGGAACCCUGACCUGUGGAGCGCCGACGCAGACCACUUCAACCCGCACCGGGAGUUCGCGCCCCAGGAGCUUGCCCGGGUCGGCUGCCCCGGCGCCGCCAUCAGCCCAGAGUCGGAGCGGUUCUCCCCCUUCGCGCACGCCCCGCGGACGUGCCUCGGCCGCAACUUUGCCCAGAUGGAGAUGCGGCUCAUCUCGAAGAAAGGCGCCACCUUCGGCGCGGCUCCGGGGACGGCCGACUACCACGGCCUUGACGUCGCCACCAUGGGCCCGAUGGACCUCGAGCGCACGACCAAGCACUGGUGGGGCGAGCGCAGGUACACGGGGCUCAAGAUGUUCGCCCGGCCACGGGAGACAGCGGCGUCUUGA